CGAACCUGGACACACAGACGCGCGUCUGGCAGACGGAACCACUGAACCACUGGCGGAGAGGAGCGGCUACUGUGGAGACAGAACCAUGAAGAGGAACCACGACUUCAGCUCCUCGGACAGCGAGCUGGAUGAAACUAUCGAGGUGGAGAAGGAGAGCGCGGAUGAGAAUGGGAACAUGAGCUCUCCUCUCGGCUCCAUGUCUCCAACCACAUCGACUCAGGUGCAGGCGAGGAAGAGACGUCGAGGAAUUAUUGAGAAGCGGCGCCGGGACAGGAUCAACAACAGCCUGAGUGAACUCCGCAGGCUCGUCCCCAGCGCCUACGAGAAGCAGGGUUCAGCCAAACUGGAGAAAGCUGAGAUUUUGCAAAUGACUGUGGACCAUCUGAAGAUGCUCCAUGCUGCUGGAGGCAAAGGGUACUUUGAUGCUCACGCCCUGGCCAUGGACUACCGAGGGUUGGGUUUCCGGGAGUGCCUGGCAGAGACGGCCCGCUACCUGAGCAUCAUCGAGGGUCUGGACAGCACCGACCCCCUGCGGAUCCGCCUGGUCUCCCACCUCAACAACUACGCCACGCAGCGAGAGGCCCACUCCGGCCUCAGCCACCUGGCCUGGGGCUCUGCCUUCGGAUCCCCCCCGGCCCACCUGACGCACCCCCUGCUCCUCCAGCACCAGCAGGGCGCCCCGCUGGCGCCCCUGCCCCGCAGCACCACCAGCAGCCCCCAGACCCCCCUCUCGUCCACCUCAUCCCCCUCCUCCUCCUCCUCCUCCUCCUCUUCCUCGUCCUCCUCCUCGUCGUCCUCCUUGGCCGCAGAGACUCACGUCCCCGGCAGGCGCAGCGGCAGCGCCACCCCCCACUCGGACCAGGGCCCGGUCCGGGUCCCCUCCACCGGCGCCGCCCCCGCCGCCGUCCUGCACCCCGCCCUGAUCCCCUCGUCCACGUCCAAGAUCUCGCCUCCCCUGCUCUCCUCCCUGUCGGCGUUCCCCUUCGCCUUCGGCACCUUCCCCAUCAUCUCCCCCUCCACGGCGCUCAGCCCCCCGGCCCAGACGCCCAGCGUGGGCAAACCCUACAGACCCUGGGGCAUGGAGAUAGGAGCCUUCUGACUCACACGCACUCUGCCCAGAGACUCCUUUCCCAGCUGAGCUGGACUCAAGGACAAGCCUUUAUUUUUUCCCAAUAAGAAAGUGCUAUUUUUUUUUUUUUUUCAAAGAUGUCGGCAUCCCACGAGGAUUUAUCUAGCUACAGUUUUUAUGUUGUUGUCUCCAUAAUGUUUUUUUUUUUUGUAUAGAAAAA